GGCCGGUAACGACCAAGUCUGAGCCGUCGUGUCUCUGCCGUUUUAAAACAAACCUCACCGGUUUUAACGCGACUUUUUCAGCUCUCUUUUCUAUCCCGUCUUUAUAUUUUUUUCUCUUGGUUUACCAAGACAACAACUACGCUGACGUCCUGUUUGUAAAGGUCGCUCUUUCCUGCCCCACUCCCAGACCUUUAUUCUUUUCAGAUAUUCUUUGUCAAGCCGCCAAAGUGGAGAGUGUCGUCGCACCAGGGGGUCCUUCUCGUUUCAGUGUAGGGGGAGGAGGUGGGGGUGCACCUCAGCACUAUCCCAAGACUGUCGGCAACAGCGAGUUCCUGGGGAAAACCCCAGGUUCUAGCGUUCAGAGAUGGGUACCUUCUCGAAGCACUAGACGAGAUGCCAACUCCUCCAACGAGAAAGGGCAAAAUGACGCGAUCUUCAGGAAAGUGAGAGGCAUACUUAAUAAGCUGACUCCUGAGAAGUUUGACAAACUGUGCCUGGAGCUCCUCAAUGUGGGUGUCGAUUCAAAACUUGUCUUAAAAGGAAUCAUCUUGCUGAUUGUUGACAAAGCCCUUGAAGAGCCCAAGUACAGCCAGUUAUACGCUCAACUAUGUCUCCGCCUGGCCGAGGAUGCACCAAACUUUGAAGAGCCAUCAACAGAAAGUCAAGCCACUCAAAAGCAGAAUACUACCUUCAGAAGGCUUCUGAUCUCCAAGCUUCAAGAUGAGUUUGAAAACCGCGCCAGAAAUGUUGAAAUCUUUGACAAAAAUGACAACCCACUCACCUCUGAGGAGGAGGAGCAACGUGCGAUUGCAAAGAUCAAGAUGCUGGGCAACAUCAAAUUCAUCGGUGAACUUGGCAAACUCAACCUCAUCCACGAAUCUAUCCUUCAUAAGUGCAUCAAAACACUUUUGGAGAAGAAGAAGAGAGUCCAACUCAAGGACAUGGGUGAAGAUUUGGAAUGCCUCUGUCAGAUAAUGAAAACAGUUGGACCUAAGCUUGAUCAUGACAAGGCUAAGUCUUUGAUGGAUCAGUACUUUGGCCGCAUGCGAUCCUUAACGAACAACAAGGAGCUGCCAGCGAGGAUUCGUUUCCUGCUGCAGAACAUGGUGGAGCUGCGAGACAACAACUGGAUGCCUCGCAAGGCUUACGUUGACAACGGACCAAAGACGAUCAACCAAGUUCGUCAGGAUGCAGUAAAGGAUUUGGGUGUUUUUAUUCCUCCUCCAGCCGAUGCAAUGAGGAAUGACUUCUUCAUGGACAACUCCUCCUUCCUGCCAACGAGGAUGAAGUUUGACAGGGAAACUAUCGGUGGGCUGGCUGAUAUGUUUGGGCAGAUGCCAGGGAUCAGCAUUGGUACAGGUCCAGGAGUCAUUCAGGACCACUACUCCCCGACCAUGGGCCGUCACCGCACAAACCCACUCUUCAACGGCCAUAUUGGAAAUGGCAACGGCUCACACCAGCCUCAGUUUGAAGCAGGAAACAAACCUUUCAUAAAACCAAACCAGGGGCAGAAAUCACCGGUUUUCAACCAUAAACAGAAUCACUCAGGGCAGAUGCAGUCAAAGGACAUGGCUUCACGAUUCGGCAAGAAAGGGAAACUCAAUGCUGAUGAGAUCAGUCUGAGGCCAGCACAGUCCUUCAUCCUGAACAAAAGACAAGUGCCAAAGCUGCAGCCUCAGAUGACUAUGAUUCCUUCAAGUGCCCAAGGUUCCCCUCUGGGACAGUCUCCACAGCUCGGUUUGAAGACCAACCCUCCUCCCAUUCAAGAAAAACCUGCCAAGUCCAAUAAAAAGGCUCCUCCUACGAAGGAAGAGUUGCGUAAAAUGACUGAGACGCUGCUGACGGACUACCUGAACAACAAGAACGUCGACGAGGCAGUGAACGCUGUGAAGGAGAUGAAGCCUCCCAAGUACUUUUUGUCUGAGAUGCUGAACAAGAUCGUGGUUCAUUCCCUCGAUCGUUCAGAUGAGGAUAAGGAAAACGUGAGCGCCCUGAUCCACGCACUCUGCACCGAGGGCCUCGUCACCGGUGAAAACGUGAUGCAGGCCUUUCUGAGUGUUCUGGACCAGUGUCCCAAGAUCGAGGAGGAGGUCCCCCUGGUGAAGUCUUACCUGGCUCAGUUUGCAGCGCAUGUGAUCGUCGCCGACCUGGUCAGCAUCACAGAUUUGGCCCAUCAGCUGGAGAACGGUGCACAUUUCCCACUCUUCCUGCUCUGCCUGCAGCAGCUGGUCAAACUGAAGGACCGUGAGUGGCUGACUGACCUGUUCCAGCAGAGCAAGGUCAACAUGCAGAAGAUGCUGCCUGAAAUUGACCAGAACAAGGACAGGAUGCUGGAGAUCCUGGAGGGCAAAGGGCUCAGCUUUUUGUUCCCGCUGAUGAAGCUGGAGAAGGAGCUGCUGAAGCAGAUCAAAGUCGACCCGUCUCCACAGUCCAUCUACAAGUGGAUCAAGGACAACAUCUCGCCUAAACUCCACACUGACAAAGGCUUCGUCAACAUCCUCAUGACCAGUUUCUUGCAGUACAUCGCUUACGAGAUCAACCCUGACGACGAUGAAGAGCAGCUCGCAGCGCCCACUAAGGAACAGCUGGACGAGGAGAAGCAGCUGCUGCUGUCUUUCAAACCAGUGAUGCAGAAAUUCCUACACGACCACAUCGACCUGCAGGUCGGAGCUCUGUACGCUCUGCAGGUGCACUGCAACACCAAGGCUUUCCCCAAAGGAAUGCUGCUGCGUUACUUUGUGAACUUUUAUGACAUGGAAAUAAUUGAAGAAGAAGCCUUCCUCUCAUGGAAAGAAGAUGUCACCCAGGAGUAUCCAGGGAAGGGAAAAGCAUUAUUUCAGGUGAACCAGUGGCUGACCUGGCUGGAGACCGCAGAGGAAGAGGAGUCAGAGGAUGAAGAUUACUGAGGAACAGGCCAAAGCCAUGUGUUAUCAGGAUGCAAUGAAUGAAUUUCUUUCUUUUUUACUUUUGUAAUGUUUUUGUCUCCACAUGUCCUCCCCUCAGUCUCGACCCACCUCCUUCCCUCUCUUCUUGUUUAUAUUUUCCAACCACUGUUACAAUCCACGUCACUAUGAAAUGCUUUGUGAGAUCAAGCCAGCAUCACCAUCAUCUUAUUGUAUUUAUGCUUUUUCUUUCUUUCUCUCUCUUGUGAUGUCCUACAGCAGAUGUUUUAUACAUUUCAGUUAUCUUGGGUUAUGUUUUCUUUAACAGUCGGCGGUAUUUUUGCAGGAAAAUGAACCAGCACUAAAACCUGACCCAUUUUAUCACCGUUUUUACAUCUGGUAGGAGUCACCAAGUGCUGCCGUAACUAUUUAAACUGUUUACAAACGAGGAAAGGCUCCGACAUACUGCAAAGAGCCUCUCCUCUGUGUUUUAUCUGCAUUUGUUAAUCAGUUUUUAGAUGCACUUUGCUCAACAUCUUGAGUCGUUGCAAUAGUAAAACACUUUCCUUGAUUUAUAAUGGUUUUCCUGUGCUGGUGAAAUCAGACCAUUUUGUCUCAAAUCAAAAUCUUAAUCUGGGUUUGAUUCUGCAACAAUAAUGGCCUAUUUUAUUUGCACAAUGUGAUUUUGAGUUACCCACCUUUACUUAAAUGAAUCGAGAACUUUUUUAUGUAUGAAACCUUUGUGCUGUUAGGAAUGAAUCUGUGUGGCCUUGGCUUUUUUUAAUUUAUCGAUUUAAUAUGGAUAUACCUCUAACGUAUCUCGGACUAUACUUGAAUGUCUCGGGUUUCAACAGUGAGACAGCCAAAGCUUAGUUUCCUGUGCUAGAUGUUCACCACCAUGUUUGUCAGGUUUUUAAAUGGUCUUUUUAUCUUCAUCAAGAAAUUACAGAGAAUGUACUGUAUGUGUACACUUUAACCUACCUUUGGAGUCACUGUCAUUUUACCAGUGUACAACUACAGAUCAACCUUGAAUAAAGUUUAACAGUUCAA